GUGUAAUUUGAGCUCAUGGUGUCAAAAAAGAAAAUCGUAAAAUCACUGAAAGUUGCAGUUUCUAUAAGUUCUUUUAUUGGUAAAAAUCAUUCUUUGCAACAUAAAAUAUUCCAUGUUUCUUAUCAAUGUUGGGAAUUGACGUGAUAAAACCAGGAAGUCUUAGGAAAUAUUUUAGCUGGUUCAUCUACUUCUUGUGGAAAAGUAACACAGUGCCCACCAGAAGCAAUAACCCCAUGACCUAACGUGAACAAUAAUACAAGGAUCAAUUGGUAUUGAGUAAUUUGGACAUGUAUGGUCAGUGUUAGUACUGAUGAGAAGGAAAGACUAGUGUUUUCUCAAGGAAAGAUGAGAUUGGAAUGUAAAAAAGAAAGGACCUAUUGACAGAAUUACUGCAGGGUACGCAGAAGUGAAAUAUGACGUGACUGUGUAAGAUAAUGGCAGGCAGGCAAUGCUUAGAUGGAACCUUAGGUUAUACAGUGACUGAAGAAGAUGGCGUCAAGUACAAUAUUCAUUGUAGUAUUUGUGGCCGUGGUUUCAUGGGUAAAGCUGGAUUGGCUACUCAUAUGAAAUCACAUAUAAAUGUUGCAGUGAAGACAUGUUUAGAAUCCAAACCAGUGGAACCAUUAGAACCAGUGAUCGUAAAAAGUGAUCUAACAAAAGAAUGUCUUUCAAAUUAUCAAUGUUUAAUUUGUGGACAAGGGUUUGAUAAGUUAUGUGGUCUGCUUUCACAUGAAAGAGGCCACCAGAAAAAGUUAGACAAUGUGGGGAAAAAAUUUGAAUGCAAAGUGUGUAAACAAGAGUUUAAUUGCCUAAAAUUCUUGACAAGACAUGCUAAAACUCAUAAUGGUAACUAUCGUAAUAGAGAAAAGAGAUAUAGUUGUGAAGUUUGUGGUGCUAGUUUCUAUGGAAACAGUCAGUUAAGGGUACACAGACGCACACACAAUGGCAGUAGACCUUUCAGCUGUAAUUACUGUGAAAAGAAAUUUCUUGACUCUGGAAACUGUCGUACACAUGUUAAUAAAGUACAUUUUGGAAAAUUGAAGGACUCAAGAUAUUACUGUGAUGUAUGCCAUAAGGGAUUUCAUUACAAAUGUGUUUUGAAAAAGCACAUUUUGAUCCAUACCAAGGAAAAAAUAUACAAAUGUGAAUACUGUUCAAAAACAUUUUCUUGGAAGCUGUGUUAUGACUUGCACCUAAAACUACAUUCAGGGGAGGCUAUGCAUCAAUGUACUAUCUGUCAGAAGACGUAUCCUACAAAUCAUAUUCUAGAAAAACACAUGAAUACACACACCAAAGAAAAAGAGUACAAAUGUGACAUUUGUAACAAAAUAUUUUACAAAAGAGGGAACAUGUCUAAACAUAGAAUGAUUCACUUUGACAAUAAACCAUAUAAGUGUUCUACAUGUGGAAAAGGAUUUAAACAGAAUUCUACAAUGCGCACACAUGAAGAUAUACACAACCCAGAACAUUUGAGAAAGAGAAAGUCUCGAAAAGGGGUAAAGGAUUUCCACUGUGAAGUGUGUAAACGUUCAUUUUCUUCUAAAGAAACAUUACGUAAUCAUUCUAGACUACAUACAGGUGAUUUGUUUGCAUGUGAGAUUUGUAACAGACAAUUCACAUAUUUAAAACAGUACGUUAUUCAUAAGAGAAAACACACAGGGGAAAUUACUGAUAAAUGUCACAUUUGUGGUAAAGGGUUUAUUUGUAUUGGAUAUCUGCGUAAACAUCUGAAAAUGCUUGCUGGUACUCGUAAGUGGAAGUGUGAGGUUUGUGAUAAACAAUUUACACAGAGUGGAGCUUUGAAGAAACACAUGAGAACACAUACUGGUGAGUUACCGUGGGCAUGUACAAUCUGUGAAAGACGAUUUGCUUGUAAUGAUUCCCUGCUCCAACAUGAAAAACAACAUAAAGGAAUUGUUGAUAAAUUUUUUCAUUGCCAUCUUUGUCCAAAAACUUUCAGUAGAAGCUCUGGCAGGUUGAUCCAUAUGAGGACAGUUCAUGAAAGAUUGAGACCAUUCAAAUGUGACACAUGUACUAAAACAUUUUCAACCAAAUCCAACCUGCAAAAACAUCUGAUGGUUCAUAAUGACGAACGACCACAUGAAUGUCAGCAGUGUAACAGAGCCUUUAGAACACAGUCAAAAUUAAAAUAUCAUGUAAAUGUUGUUCAUGUUAAUAAAAAACCAUCAAAAUGCUUAAUCUGUCAAAGGGUGUUUAAAAAUCAAGGUAACCUGAAAAUACACAAUAAGAUGAAACACAAAGAUGCAUUGGGAAAUCAAAAUCUCAGUUUGUCAGAGGAAAACAUGAACAGUAUUAAUACACUGAAAGACAAUACUUUAAAAUGCUACAAGUGUAAAAAGAUAUUCAAAACUAAAUUUUCUUAUAAUCGUCACAUGAAAGUUGCGCAUGGAUUAAGUUUAGCACCAACUCUUUGCCUACAGAAAUUAGAUGGAAAAAUCAAGUCAAGUACGCAAACCGUCAAAGGACAUGUUCAGAAGGAUAGUGGUAUUCUAGAAAAACUUAAAUGUUCUUUCUCUGUUGGAAAUAACCUACCAUUAAAAGAUAAAAACCCUGAAAUAGACAUGAAACAAAAUUGUCAUACAAAUAUUUUUGACUCUUUCUUGAAUAAUAAGAAAACUUUAGAAAUACAUAAAGCCGAGAGCUCUGAAGAAGUAGGCAUAACCAGUAUUGUAAAAGAUAGAAGUCAAUCAAAAUGUGAUGGAAAUAUAUUUGAGAAAAUGUCACGUAAAAAAGAAGCUACGGAUAUCAUGAGUAUAGGAGAAAAGGAAGGUAAACCACUUUCAACUGAUUUGCAUACUAAUAUAUUUGAGAAAAUAAUGAUGAAGCCCAAUUCAAACAGUGGUUUAGAAAAAACAUCAACAUGUUUACCAGAGAAGAAAACAAAUGACGCCAAAAGUUGUUCAAGACAAAGUAGAGAAAAUGCUAAAUCUAAACUUGGCAAUCAGUUGAAGAUGUUGAAUUUGACAUCAUUGAGGAUGAAGAAAAACGAGGUUGGUAAUAUAUUUUCCAAUUUAAAUGGGAUUAAACCUGGAGGAAAUGACUUGAAAAGUUUACCUGAAAUCAAAGCCGAUCUGAAUUUGACAGGAAGCAAAACAUUGGACAUAGAAUGUAUGGAGCAAGCAAAUGGAUGCAGAAAUUUGUUUGAUGAUCUUUUGAAUGAUAAAAGAAAAAGUGAUGAUUUUGCGAUUUUUCAAAAUACAACUGAUGAUUUAGUGUCCAAUCAAAAGGAAAAUGAAAUUAUUUUAAUCGCAGAUGAUGCAAAAGUUCGGUUUGUACCUGAAUUAAAUGAAAAUUUAAAUGCUAGAUUAGAUAUGACAGAAAAGAUUGAAGAUAAUGAUAUUAAUGAAAUAGAUUACACAAAGAAAAGAGGCAGAAAUCUCUUCGACGAACUGAUAAGUAAUUGUAAUGUAGAUAAUAAAAUUUCUCAGAAGAAAAAUGAAAUGUCGGGAUUCGAAGAUACUGGACAAAAUAGCAGUCUGAUGGAACUUCAACAUGCUUCAGAGAACAUGGAGAUCAAGAAUCAAGGUCAUGUAAUUAUUGUUGAUUCAAAUUAUCAGCAGAUACGUAUUUUACUAAAAGAAGGACAAGAAGAUAUUAUAAACAAAGCAGCUAUCAGAAUUGGAUCUGAUUUAGGUCAGAGUGACACAUUGCAGAUCAGCAAAUCUGAUGUUGGAUCGGAUUCAGGUAAAACUGCUAUAUUCAUGACAUUAGACAAUUGUGAACAUAUGGACGUCUCUAAUUUGGAUAAUGUGAAUGAGAAUGACGAGCAAACUUCUAAAAUAUUGACAGCUGUAGAAAUUGAUGAACAAAAUAAAAUCAGGGAACUAGAAGAUAACUCUAUGCAUGAACAAAUUACUGAACAAGAAACCAGCAAGGAGAAUCAAAUGGAAAUAUUACAAGAUAUUGAACCAUGUACAAAUACCGAUGACAAUAAUUUGAAAAAUCUUGAAGGUCAAAGUGAGAGUACAGAGUGUGGUCAAGGAAAAAAAGAUAAACAAUGUGAUUGGAAUAAAGAUUUGACCAUCUUUGAGAAAAUUGAACAAAUGAUUAAAUCAAAAGAAAUAUGUUAUCUUACAGAAAAAACAGCAGAAGAUGAUCAUGAAGUGAAAAAGAAAGAAGCAUAUAAAUUUUGUGAAAUAAAUCAGAUUUCUGUAGAUCUCGACAUCCCUAGUACAGAUCAUGACAUACCAAGUACAGAUCAUGAAAACAGAAUGGAAGAAAAUUCAUUACAAAAUGUGGAAGUAGAAGAAAACUUUAAAUGUGUAGAGGAAAACAAUUGCAUAGAAGAUAUAGAUUGUAAUGUACAAAGUUGUGACAAUGAAGAAAAAAUGUGCUAUACAAAUGUUCAGAAAGUAAACUCCUUAAAGAGAAAAGCUGAUGAAGAAACAGUUAAAAAUGAUAAAGAAAGGGAAACAAUUGGACAUGAUCCUACGAAGGAAAUAUCAGCUUUUAAUUUAUUUGAGAAGUUUUCUCACUUUUCUUAUGACACCUGUAUGGAAUCUGAUGAUACUGGUGUAGAACAAGACAAUCCCAUAGACUGUGGACACAAUGAAAAUAUUAAUUUUGAAGAUACAGAAGAAACAAGAAAUCAGGAAAAGGAAAAGGAAAAUUUCCAGCAAGAAUGUGAAUCGCAAUUUCUUGAAAAGGUUAAUAAGGAAAUUAUAUCAACCGAUGAGGAUAGAAUAGUUCAUGUUGAUGUCAAUGAUAGUUAUGAAAGUGACAAAAUCAAUGGUCAAGAAAUUGAAAAAAUCAAUGGUCAAGAAAUUGAAACAAUAAAUGGUCAAGAAAUUGAAAAAAUUAAUGGUCAAGAUAGUGAAAAAACUAAUGGUCAAGAAAGUGAAAAAACUAAGGGUCAAGAAAGCGAAAAGAUUAAUGGUAAAGAAAGUGAAAAAACUAAUGAUCAAGAAAAUGAAAAAAUAAAUGGUCAAGAAAUUGAAAAAAUUGAUAGUAAGGAAAUUAAAAAAAAUGGUGGUCAAGAAAGUGAAAAAAUCGAUAGUCAGAAAAGUGAAAAAAUUGGUGGUCAAGAGAGUGAAAAUUUGAAAGGUGAUCAGAGCACUGAACAUGAUGAAUGUAAAGAUGAACACAACAAUGCCACAUUUUCCUUGUCAGAAAGGAUUCCUUGUCACAAAGAAACCAAAUUAGCAUCUCAUAAUGAUGAAAUGCAUGUUGAACAUAAUCUUCCGCAGAUUCAAGCAUUGCAAAUGAAUAAAGAAAAAAUUGUAUAUACAGAUACUGGAAAUACUAAAAAUAUUUCUGAAAUGCCAAGAUGCAAUGAAAAUGAUAAACAAACUGAAGAAAAAAGUUGUAGUUGUGAAGAUAGCAGUACUAAUUGUGAUGAAAUGUUUAUAAAAAAACAAUUAUUCAGUGAUAAGGAGAAAGAUGAAGUAGUUACGGGCAGCAUUGGUGAAAAGAAAGAAGAAAAUAAAAAUAUAAAGACUAAUGAAAAACACAUCCAAAAGGAUUCUGUGGUUAAGAAACGUAAGUAUAAAGGUGUUAAAGUAUUCAAACAGGAUCAGACUAUUGUGGACCAGAGUUCAGUAAGGAAAGGCAAUAUCAAGAUUAUUGGUAAGAAGUUGUAUUUAAUAGGAAGAAAGCGAACAAUGUCAGAAAAUGGAGAAAGUGAAAAUAAAUCCACAAGUAUGGAAGACAAUCCAGGAAAAGUUCCUAAUAAGGAUGGACCAAUCACAAAUAAGACAGAAUUUACUGCCUAUGAAAAUGAAAACUUUGAAAAGGACAGUUUUUGUCAUCCUGAUAAAGAAGUUCAGCACUUGCAAAGGUUGACAAUAUGUGAUGAAAAUACGUAUACAGAAAGUGCAGAAUUUUUGAUAGAACAGUGUACAAAGCCAAAGUUAGUCUUUAAAGAUGGUCUGUUCUGGUGUGACUUAUGUGAUAAGUCAUUUAAAACAAAGAGUAGCUUACGAACACAUAAAUUUAGUCAUCGUGAGAAAUAUAACUUUACUUGUCAAGCUUGUGGUAUGGGGUUUUCGUGGGAGGAUCAUUUAGAAAGACACAUGAAUGUUCAUUUAAAAACUUCCACAUAUAUUGAUUUGCUUCAGUCCUACAAUGCUUCGUAAAAGUAGGGUAUUCAAUUGAAUCUGAUAUCUUAUUCGCUAAAUUAUUCAUCAAUCCCCUUUUCUUAUUUCCAUGCAAAUUUUAUUGGGAAUGCUAAAUGACAGAAAAAACAAUAUGUUGAUAUUUUCUUUUAUUUUAAGUGUGCAUAUUUGCAAAAAAUGAUGUUGAUAUAUAUAUAAAAAAAAAUCACUUUGAGUCAGGGUUAAGACUUAUAUAGGUCAUGUUUAUUUCAUUGAAGAUGUAAGUAAUAUUUACAUAUGUACUUAAAGAAGUAAAUUUGAAAGAUUUUAAUUUUCAUUUCAAAAUUUUGAAUUAUCUCCCCUUAAUCUUUUCCAAAAAUUUUCUUAUACAUGUACAACCCUCUGAAUUAUCUGGUUUGAAUUAAGUAACCGAAAGGUCUUCAAAAAAUUUCUCCUUUGAGGCUUGUAAAUGAGCAGUGUUUUGGUAGACAAAUGAGAUUUUCUGUGACCAAGAAAUUAUACAUUUAUGAAUAGUAAAGAAAACUACAGACAAUUAAACACUCAAUUACAGCAAUGGAGUCAAGAGAAAUUCAAGAAAAGAAGAAAAUAUGUCUUUUUAUACCUCUGCCGUAGCAGAGGGGGCAUUAAGUUUUACCCUUGCUGUCUGUACGUCCGUACAUCAGUAUGUCCCAAAAUUGUUUUCCGUUCUUUUACUUAAGUUUGCCUCAACCAAAUGUUAUGAAACUUAUACACAAUGCUUAUUACCACAAAAUUAAGAUCAAGUUUGAAUUUGGGUGGCGUCACUUUUACCUUUCUAGAGUUAUGCCCCAUUACAAAUGGAAAAGUUGCUGAAUUUUUCUUUUCCAUUCUCUUUCUUAAGUUUGCCUCUGAAACCAAAUGUUAUAAAUCUUAUACACAACGGUUAUUACCACAAAAUAUAGAUCAAGUUUGAAUUUUGGUGACGUCACUUUUACCGUUCUAGAGUUAUGCCCCUUUACAAAUGGAAAAAAUAUUUG